GUUUGUCAACUUAAGUAACAAAAUACCAUGGAAUGAAUCAUCAUCUGCAGUAAAGUUAUUAGCUUCCCGCCCGCUGCGAAGCGUAAGGGGUGUCAUAAGAUUAAUAAGAAUGCCGACCAUCUGUCGGUAUGUUACUGUUUCGUUUCCGCUUUAUAUCUUCUUCACCCUUCGCAGAAAUUUAUGAAACUUGGGGAAUCAUGUUAAAGUUACUCUUGAUAAGGGUCAAGGUAAGUACUGACGGACGCAUAAUUGAACCUCAAAUUCGAGUCCAGUACAAAGAUCCUUUGCCCUUUUAAUGUUGAUCAUCGAACAAUGCCUUGUUUUUAUAUAUGUUAUUGGUCACAUUCAUAGGUCAACUAUUCUAGCAUGCUUCCUUUUCAAGGAUUUUUGUGACUAUCUGCAUAAAUGUCAAUACAUUGUGCAGAAGGCCGUCUUAAAUGUUAAAUUUGUGAGUCUCCGUUUCCAGUUCUUUUUUUUUCUGUCCGCCUUAUAUGUCAAAUAUACCCUAAAAGGCUUUACAUGCGACUUGGCACAGUGUUUUGCUCAUUACCGUUAUCAUAUUAUUUGCAAUAGUUAACGUACAGCACUUCUUUUGCGCUAAUCGGAAGUCCAGAGAGAAAGGUUGCAUGCUGGCAGAUGGAUAAAAAUCACAUUUUGGGUGGGGCAUGAUGCAAAUAACUUAUUAAAAUGAUAUAAAUGAUAUGUUUUUGAUAUAAUAGAAAAAUUAUAAAUGUCAUCAUUAAGAAAAAUAGCCUUUUGUUGUUGUGGUGUCUAACAUAACAUAUUUUUACCUAUGUACGGGUAUUAAUGAUCAACUACAACAACAUGCCGGAAAGAAUCGGCGUGUUAUUUCUACGGUAAAUAUUUUGAGUAACAUCGCUACAAUUAUUCGAAUGUUUUUAUUUCAAAGUUGUAUGGCCUUAUCUCUCUUACCAUUACCGUUAUAUUUUGGCUUGUAGUUUGGUCAUGGUAUAACUCGACAUCAAGCAUUGCAUAUUUCAUCGAAAACAAAGAAGGAGUUUAAUAGCGAAUGCGUAAUUUUAGUUGUUCAAGUGUACGGGGCAAAGUUCUAUUAGUGGUUGUACUGUACAUGGUACAUUUCUGCUUCAUGGAAGUACUGCAUCGGGCAAAGUUCUACUUACUGGUAGUAUUACAUAGGGCAAAGUUCUAUUUACUGGUAGUAUUACAUAGGGCAAAGUUCUACUUACUGGUAGUAUUACAUAGGGCAAAGUUCUACUUACUGGUAGUAUUACAUAGGUUCUACUUAGGGGUAGUAUUGUAUUGGACUACUUGUUCAAUGUAUUGGACUAAGUUCUACUUAGGGGUAGUAUUGUAUUGGACGUAGUUCUUCUAAGUGGCAAUAUUGUAAGGGGGAAGUUUUACUCAGUGGUAGUAUUGUUUGGGACAAAGUUCUAAUUAGUGGUAGUAUUGUAUGGCAAAAAGUUCUACUUAGUGGUAGUAUUAUAUGGGGGAAAGUUCUACUCAGUGGUAGUAUUGCAUGGGACAAAGCUCCACUUAGUGACAUUAGUGUCCACGGCGAACUUCUUCAUAAUGGUAGAAGUGUUUUGGGCAAUGUUCUUCAAGAAGUGGACUUGUUGAUACUACGUUAAAAUUGUACUAAGUGGUGGUAUGGUACAGGUCGAAAUGAGUGUAGUUUAUAAUUUGUGUAAAGAAAAAAUUAAAAUGUGAUAUUAUGUGGUGCGUUUGUAUUUCAAUUAUCAUGCUCUAGACAUACGCGGAUAGUGUGUGUACGAUGUAUGGAAUGCGCGCGCAUCCAGUGUUAAUAAGUUAUGAAAAUCGAUGCAGUAUAUCGAUAGACAAUAGGCAGCUGACUUCAACAUAUGCGAUGACAGGUAAACAGACGAUGGAUGCUACCGGAUGUCGCCGAGUGUCAUUGUAGUGAUUGAUAUACAUGGAAUACACCCUCCUGACAAUCUUGUGGUAAGAGCGUGAUUCUAUAUCGUAUUGUGUCGCUAUUGAGAGGAAAAACGUGAUACGAUUAGUUUCUCUUUGUGUUUUGUUAAUAGUAGCGAGUAUCGUUAUAUCGAAUUUGUAUACACCGAUUCUCGUACCAUAUUGCGAAAGCAGUCUGAUUAAGUUGCCAUCGAUACAGACUUUUAUCUUGUUACUGAGCAACUUUGUAUCAGUGGUCCAUGAGCCAGUAAACCGAGUGCAUAAAGCAUGAAAUGGUUAUUUUGGUUAAGGCGUUAUUUUCGAUUCUUUUGUUCAGCGUGAUGAUAUUAAAUUUCAGUAACAUACAUUUCCAUGAUGAUAAAUUGUGAUCAAUUCGUUUAGAAAACUGACUCAGUAUGUGUAAAUAGCUUUAAAGGCGCUGCAAAGUCGUUCCCAUGGUAACUUAAGUAGAGAUUUAUUUGAAUGAAAUGUCGAUAUUCAACUGCAGGGUUUCCACACCGAGUGUGCUGAGUGCUGAUUGUGUCAACACAGCACAACACUCUUGAUCUAACGUCUACCCUUGAUGUCAACGUCUAUCAACAACGAGAUUUACUCAAAAACCUAAAUCGAUAAGGCGGCUUGUGCGAUCCAGCCGAGAGCAUACACAGCCGCUGUCCCGAGGGUUUGAUGAGCCAAUACACCCCGCGUUCAUCGUCCGGCUUUUGAUCCAGAGUAAUGUACAGGAUGCAAACGCAGACCUGGAACUGAACCAGUGGAUUUGUGAUAUAGCUUAAAACACAUCUUGAAAUGAAACCAUGUAGUUUCCUAAUCGCUCCACAGCAUGAUGAAUUAUAACAUUACUUUGUUUAAAGGAGUAAAAAUUGUCAAUGGAUCUUAAGAAUGUGAAAAGCAUUUGGGACACGUGUAAUAAAUAACAUUAAUUAUUGUGGCAGUACAUCUUAAUGUGUCCAAUAACCGCCUGUUACGGUAUUGGAAAAUAACCCUCCGAACGUGGGUCAUCCACAUAGAACAGUGAUAGUCAAUUAUCCGCUGGGCCUGUCAAUCAGGCGAGCAGGCUGAGUGACUGUCAGUUGAUCUGCCUCCCUCCACCUGGAGCGAUGAAAAGACGGACGAGACUAAGUACGGUGCUAUAGUUCCAUGUGGGAUGUAUUUGGUUGCGUGAAGUACAGCUAAUGUGCAACCGAUCUAAUUAAAACUGUGAAUGCUUUUCGAUUUGGCUGAUUAAUUUGAUGAAAUUUUGUGCAUUGAAUUUUCGAUUUCUCUGAGGAAAUUUUAACAGUGGAAUGUAUUCACAACUAGGUUCUGAGUAAAAAACAGUGCUAUUUGAAUUAUUGUGGAGCUUAUUCUAUGGUGGCUGUUUUAUAAAAUACGCGCACAUUUAUAUAAUGCUAUUGUUAAAUGAAACAGUUUAAUUUAAAACCAAGAACGAGUAUAAAAUAAUAAAAUGUUUAACUACAUUCAAGAACGACUGUACCAAAUUGUACAAUGUGUUAGUGACUACGAAACAUCAGGAAAUUAACGUCAUGCUUCAAAAGCCUCUUAGACGAUAAUUGAAUUUGUUAUCACCACGUACAUUGCUUAAUGUUCAAUAAUUAUGUGCCGCAAGUACUGUGCAGAUCGUCUCUAGGGGGCACUGUGCCAUGUGUUUCGCGCUAGCAACGAUAUGGAUUCCGGUCACGCGGUCUCCUGGAUCAUUCUGUCCCCCUUGGCUAUCGUCACAGAUGUUCUGGCUAUUGUUGUUAUCACGCACUACUUCCCUUUCUACCACGGAACUGAUGUUACACUAAUCUCCGUGCUGACGGCCAUGCUGGGGAACGCUAUGUUCGUGGUGCCGGUCCCCGCCGUGCGGACGCUGCUCGGGACUCCGUGGUCUCCGGCCCUCUGUCAGAUGUACACGUGGUGCGCGCUUACCUUCAGGGCGGCGCAGGUGUCCAGCCUGCUUGUGAUGAGUAUUAACUGGUCCACUUUACUCAAGUUGUCGGCGCAGAAGAAGAGAUACGUGUCCACCAAGUACCUGAAGGUCACCGUCGUGUUUGUGUGGCUUUCUGCCGCUGUGUUCGGUCUCCUUCCGGUCAUUGGCGUUGUUCAAAAUGACUUUUAUUCAUACGAUACAUGUAAAUUCCUUGGAUUCAAUCUGGGGUUAGGCUUUAGCCUGUUUUUCAUCGUAUACAUUCCAUUGGUGCUCAUCGUGACAUUAAUCAGCAGUUGUGACGCAGUGUGGCUCAUAAAGCACAUGAAGAAAAUUGUUGAGGUCCGUGAUCAGGCGGAGCGCGGCAUACUCCCCAUGCGUAACGGAAGUAUGCCCCUGCACGUGGGAGGCUCACAAACAGGACGGCGACAACGGCUCAAGUUUGCUUGGGAACUUAGUCAUUUUUCGCUGAUAUUUACCAUCUUGUCUUUCCUGGUGAACCAAAUACCUUACGCUAUGAUCCAAGGAACGCAACUCUUCAGUAACACGGAUAGGACCGCUAUGGAAGUUGUUUCCAUUUACUUGGUGGCCUUGGAGGCCCUUCUGGCACCCCACGCGCUAUGGUUGCUUUGCCAACGCUACCGACACGCCCUUUCGUACCAGUGGAACGCCUACAUACUGCGAAACAAAGCUAUUCACGAGAUAGAGCCAGAGGCGUGUGUGCUUCAGUCAUAUAUCUGCCGCGAAAAGGACCUAGCCUCCCUUCUGCCGUCUCGACCCCAGUCCGCCGCGGGUAGGAGUAUGACGGGAACUAUCAGGUCUACCAAGUCAGAGGUCAUCGACCGAACGCACGUGAACGGGAACUCGCGCCGCUCCCAAAUGGACAUCUUCCAUUUACACACCAUGACCCCCGUGUUAACGCGAGACUCCAACGGGAAGGUGAGCAGCGAUGUUCACGUGGAGCGACCGCUGUCCAUAUAUGACGAGAGGCCAAUAGACGUGGGAGGGCUUGACUUGCAGCUUGUGGACCCGCGAGAGUACAGUUCAGAUGUGGAGCGACCUCGAAACUCACGAGUCGAUCUUCAAAAACAGGACGUCCGGCGGUCAGCUAGCAGCAUCUCGCGGCAAAACUGGAGAGACAAUCUGAGGAAGAAGCAGUUACCCCCGAUAUUUAUUAACAAAGGAUUCGACACAAGCGACAAGUCACCCGUUGAUAACCGCAGCAAAGCAGGUAUAUUGGAGAGGGCAGCGAAUGCAAACAGAAGCGCGAACUCCAAUCACUUCUACAUGUCGAGCGACUAUCACCCUGACUACUUGACGGACAGCCUUCCCCGUAAGCAGUUCGCUAAGACAAUGUCAUGUGAGAGCGAGCCCGGGGAGCCUUAUCGGUUUGAGGAUAUCGAAGAAGUUCUCAACUCUGAUAACGAAGCAGGCGACGCCGCGCUCGCAACCAGUGACCAAGUGACAAGGAAUACUCAGUUUACAACGUUUAAAGGUGCAACGCUACCGAACCAAAACCCCGGUGUACGCGAGAUGACACAUAUGUACGGUACAUUCCAUGAUCUCAGUUGCCCCAUGAGGGACAACGAGGAGGUCGAAUUUGACAAUGACGUUAUUGCAAUCGACGAAAUUGACAAAGGCAGAGAUACUGUGGCCAUCAAGGUACCAACAAAUGUCAGAUACGAUAAACAAUAUCAGACGUUAGCCAGCUUUAAACCAGAUGAUAAUUGUGAAUAUAUAGAUGGAGUAAAGGGUCAUAAUAACACAUUUACGGAUAAUAAGUCAUUUAUACGUCCGUUUGUAAGUAGAUACAACACAUCUGGGGCUAAUGCAACCGGAGAUAACUGCACGAUUUCCGUUACAGGAAACCCAUCCAGGUCAAUGACGUCUGCAGGUUAUCAUCCAGCAACAAGUUACGGUGGUGACAUUAGUGUAGACGACGAAAACCUUAGUUCCGGAAGUAACGCAAGUGACGCAAGUGUGACCAUCCAGGCUUACGCAGGGGAAUCCCGGCGCAGAGUCUGGAUGGACGACUACAAUGAGUUUCAGUCGGACCAGGGAGACCUGCUGAUGGAGGAUUCCACGCUACAAAACAGCGCCGGUCAGGUCGAGAAGUACGAUUCCAAAUAUCCCGAUGCUCCCCACAGCGAACUGUCCACGCCGGUGUCGUCUGUGUUUGACGACGAGACGGACCGCGGCUUCGAGGAGGCUCUGGACAUGCACGUCAACUCGAGCCCGCUGUUGUAUGGCACUAUAGGCAGGUUCUUCGAAUCUAUAGAGGAGGAGCCGGAAGAUCUAGCCAGUUCCGGUGGCUCGAAUCCCUUUACUAGCAGCACCAGCGGGGACGACUUCCGGACACUGGCUGUGGUUUCCAGGAACUCGAACUCACGGACAUCAAGCGUCACCAGCACGCACAGCAACACAAAUCCAUUUUCGGAAACCAAUUCACAUGAAAAUACAAAGAUUGCCACGUAUCACUCGCAACAGAACGAUCAACAAAUUUCAGAAGGAGUGGACUUCGAACUUGGUGCCUCUGGGUUUGCAUCCGGACAGAAAAGAGAAAAGCAUAGUCGCUUUUCUGGGCAGCCGGAUGUUGUCCCGGUCAAGGCAAACCCGUGGCCAAGUAAAAGUGAUUCACAGCAGACCUCAGAGGACAUGGCAUUUGAAUCAGAUUUUAUUUCAGCGAGUCACGUUGGAAAUCGAAAGGGAAUCUCUGUCGCUGUAAGUGAUUCGACUUGGAAAGCGACACACGGACAGAGUGCAGCCGGCGGUCGCCUUACGCUUAAUCAAACUCCACAUAUGUCAGCUGCCAAGCCUGCCAGCAGUAAGCCUGUCCCGAUGAGGGUACAUUCGUUGGAUCGACCUUCACCCCGACCAAAGCGUCACCCGCCCAUGCGCGGGCAUUCCUUCGAAUUGCAACCAGAUGUAAAACCUGCAUUUUUCUAAUGACGACAAGUUGUGUCCGAAUGCAGUAGGAGAACGUAGCAGGUUAAAGGGACUUGUUCCCAUUUUUGCAAAAAAGUCAAACAUAAAAACAAAUGUAUGCAUACAUUUUAAGCAAGAAAAAUAACAUUCUUGACUAAGACAAUUGUUUGAAAUAGAUGUUAGUUUAUCAUCAUAAAUCAAAAUCGAACCAUACAGCGUUUGUAACGCUUUUCAUCGAUAAUAUAUCCCAAAUUCUAAAAGCCAGCUUGGUGAAGUGAUAGCUUUUGAUUAUAGAAGUCCCGUAUUCAAUUCCAGGGCCUGCACAUUUGUAUUGUAUCUUUUAUCGUGUUAUUCUAGAUACUCAAAACUAUUCCAAAUACUCAAGUUUUAAAUCAGUAUAUAUUUAUUUGGAAUACGAAAAUCUGUGGACGAGUUCUUUUAAUGUAGGGUUGCAGUCAUAUUGUGUACACAAAUACUCGUAAUUUCUUUCUUUCUUUGUUACAUUUGUUGAAAGUUAUAAAUAUGGUGAUAAAAUGUAUUAAAGAUUGAUUAUCUUGA